GUACGGCCCAACUCCUCCUGUCCUUGAUGGAGAAAAUGGGAGUCACGAAGCUUGCAGGCACACCCAGGGCUGAGAGGCUGGCACAGGUGGCAGGGACACUUGCUCAGGACAGUCACAAGGACACGAGGCAUUAUGGACAGGAGAUGGUGAAGAUGUUGCUUAGUAAUCAAAAAUUUAAAAAGCUUUUGGAACAAUCUCUUUCAACGCAUGACCUGGAAGAUAUCCUGAAGAGAAUUAAGAAGAAAGAAUACUGCCCUGCUGUCAAGCCCUGUGGAGCUGGAAGAAGCUUGGGGAUGGAAAACCAGAAGGCUGAACUCCCACCUGUGCAGGAGCCGGUGAAGAAGAGGAAUGAUGGCUCCCAGAAGCCCCAGGCCACAUCGCCUCCUAGCAAACGGGCAAAGUCUGCCACUGGUGGACGCCGCCUACACCGUGCAAGAGCCCAGGUCACGUUACCUGCAUCUGUGGAAGAAAGGGAGCUGCUCCAGAAGCUUUACCAUCUCCUGGAAGCCAAGGCGUUCCAGACACGGAUGGAAGGAGUGGCACUCCUCCUAGACCUGUCCAAAACCAGACCCCAGCUCAUCUCCACUAACAUUGUCCAAAUUUUUGAUUAUUUUGGCCUGAGAAUCUGUGACACACAUAAGAAAGUGAAGCAGAAGGCGCUGGAGGCGCUGGCAGAAAUCAUAGGACUGCUGCAGGAUGCCAUGAACCCAUUGAUGAUCCGUUUGGUUGAAGGCAUAACAAAGAACCUAAACUCAAAGGAUCCCGGGGUUCAUGCUGCAGCUAUGACGGCACUGGACCAAUCUGUUGUGCAUUUAGAUGAAGUAUCACUGAUGAAAGAGCUCUGCCACCAAUGGAGACGACUGAGUGGCCAAGCUCUGCUGGAUGUCACGGAGCGUAUCACAGUGCUUGUGGAAUGGGCUCAUGCCAGGAGCCCUGAAGCGGUCGAGCGCUACGCCCUGCCCGUGCUCUGGUCCUGCCUGGAGAACAAGGCGCUGCCUGUGCGAAGCGCCAACGUCUGCGCUGUGGUCACCAAGCUGGCCUGUGCCCUAUGUGAGGCACUGGGCAGCCAGAUCAUUAAGUUUGCUGACAGCACACCUCCACAUGUGCAGGAAAACCUCAACAGCCUUCUGGGCUGGUAACAGUUUGAUGUUCUCCAGAAAGCGGACAAGUUUCUGAGCUGGACACCACCGGACAUGACUUUUCAGCUGUGCCAGAAAUGACAAAAUACUAAGGAAGGGUGUGCAUCUGCCCCCACUCUGUUAUCACCAUUGCCCUUCCUAGUCAUGACAUGGGGGGCCAGAAGCAACAGCAGACUGAUGACAAGGUGAAGAUGAAGUAUGGAUCAGCCUCAAGUGAACCCAGACUGAGGAAAAGGUGAAGACUAAGCAUGGAUCAGCCUGAAGCAACUGCAGACAGAGGACAAGAUGAAGACCAAGCAUGGAUCUGCCUCACACAGAGAUACGACUGGCUACAGUCUUUCCAAGAAGUUUUGUCUGGACAUUUCUGAUAUUCCCUUACCAAGAAAGUCCUUGCCUCCAGUCCAGAAAUGCUCUUUCUUCCAAGAUCAGGAAGAAGCUGCCAACUGUCCAAAGAAUGUUUCAAGAAUAGGAUUUAGGCUUUAGGAUUAUCAAGAAUAGGAUUCAUUAAGAAUAGGAUUCAUCAAGAAAAGUAUUCAUCAACAAUAGGAUUCAUCAAGAAUAGGAUUCAUCAACUAUAGGAUUCAUCAACAAUAGGAGUUAGGAUUUUGGAAUAGGUUUAGGCUUCAUAGUUGCAAAUGUAUCUAUGUUCUGAUAGUUUUGAAUAAAUGUGUUUGAUUGUA